UGGAAUUUGCAUAGGCUGUGCUGGAGCAGGCAGAUCUGUUUCUGAAAACAAGGAGCAAGUUCUUCUCGCUGUGUCUCUGCUUCCCAAUGCCUCAUCAGAAGCUUUCUGCACUUGUUGAUGCCAUUUGCAGUUUAGUUAUCUGCAAUGACUCCUCCCUUCAACGGCAUCAGAUCAUCUUCAAUCCAGACUUCUUUGUGGAAAAGCUGCGACAUGAGAAACCUGAGGCAUUCACAGAGCUUGUGGUCAGUAACAUCACCCGGCUGAUUGACCUGCCUGGAGCAGAGCUAGCCCAGCUGAUGGGACAGGAGGACCCUCAGUUGCCUGGCACAUCCUCAGGGUUUUUCCGUUCCCUGAUGUCUCUGAAACGCAAAGCUGCUAAAUGUAUUUGGCAGUGUUCUGCUAAUGCUUCCUCCCACCCCUCCUCCGCCAUGUGCUCCCCACACUCUCCCCAGAACUGCUCCAGAGAAUUGAGGGAAGACAUUGAACAGAAUUUGGGGCAUGUGAGGAGAGAAGAGAAACAUCAGCUUACUGAGAAAGGGGUGGUUUUUGGAGCUCCACUGACUGAAGAAGGUAUUGCUCAAAUAUCUCAACUGAUAGAAUAUCUGCAUAAGAAUCUGCGGGUGGAAGGCUUGUUCCGAGUGCCAGGAAACAGUACCAGGCAGCAGAACCUGAAAGAAGCCUUGAACAGUGGGACAGAAAUUGACUUGGAUUCAGGGGAGUUUCACUCCAAUGAUGUGGCCACUCUGCUGAAGAUGUUCUUGGGAGAAUUACCAGAGCCUUUGUUGACCCAUAAACAUUUCCAUGCACACCUCAAAAUUUCAGAUCUGAUGCUGUUGGAUGACAAGGGCAACAAGACCAACAUACCCGAUAAGCAGCGUCAGAUUGAAGCACUGCAGCUCCUCUUCUUGAUCCUGCCAGCCCCCAAUCGCAGCCUGCUCAAAUUGCUGUUGGAUCUGCUUUAUCAGACAGCCAAAAAGCAGGACAGGAACAAGAUGUCAGCUCAUAACCUGGCUCUUAUGUUUUCACCUCACAUUUUGUGGCCUCGAAAUGUGACUGCCAGUGACCUACAGGAAAACAUUCCCAAGCUAAAUAACGGGAUGGCUUUUAUGAUCAAGCACUCGCAGAAGCUCUUCAAGGCUCCCUCAUAUAUCCGGGAAUGUGCAAGGCUGCAUUACUUGGACUCCAGAACACAUGCCUCAAAGGAUGACUUGGACUUGCCUGUGCCCCGGAAUUUCAAAGACUUCCAGCUUCUGAAAUUCAAGAGGCGAGGACUGGUGGAUCCCUCUGCCCACCAAGAAGACACACAGCAACAUACAGAAGAAGCACUGAAAGAGCUCUUCCACCAUGUUCAUAAUAUGCCAGACUCUGCCAAGAAAAAGAAGCUCAUUCAACAGUUUCAGAAGCACCCUGAAGCUCUCACUCCUCAGGCAGGUGUACCCACACCCCGGACCCAGAAGCGGGCUCGCACUCGUUCCUUCAGUGGCUUAAUCAAGCGUAAGGUGCUGGGGAGUCAAGGGUCUUUGGAUAAAAAAGGGAAGGAUGCAGUUUUGGAAUCAGUGGGCAUGAAAGAGCAGAAGCACGGCAGCAAGGAGAAUGUUAGCAUGGACUCCCGUAAAUAUACUCGAUUCCAUGGUUCCUCGACAAAGGAGUCUUCCAUUUGAAGAUCCACUCAAUGGUCGGUCUCUCUCUUUAUAUCAGUAUAUAUCUACACACAGCAAAGACUUGCAGCUCUGUGGAUAAUGCCUGCUACUCCCAAGCUGUGAGUCAGGACUCGCUUAUCCCUCUAACCUCACUUAUUGGAGCCUGGCCUACAACUGUGUGUCUGCCAGAAUAACAGACUCUUCCAUUGAACAUGAGGAAACCACUAUUCAACCACUUGUCUAGCCUGAGAAUGGACUGGACAGUAUCUGCAGUAUAGCCUCUCUUUGGAGAGGUUGCUUUGUAUGCCUUGUUCUCUCAGCUGUCCAUCUUUCUAACAGUUCUUUGGGACUUGGCUUACACUGUCCUGUUUUGUGGCUGGUGUUUGUUUGUUUGUUUUUUGAUUUUGGCUUUUAGUGUGUACGCACACUGUUUCUUUUACCCCUGCAAUUCCCAUUAGCAUCCACAGUAGAGUCAAGCUUUCAGAUCCCCUUGGCAGCUAGGCUCAUCUCGGCCUCUCUUUGUAUGGAAGUCUCUCUGUUGUGGUUACUGAUGGGAUUUGAGAAGUAGCUGUGCUCUUAGCUGCCUCUCCCAGAUUGCAGGGAUCUCCCUCAGGCCUGUGGCUCAUCUGUCACAAAUCCCAGCGUCGGACGUAUCCGAACUUAGACAUCUUAAACCAGGGAUGCGGGGAGCCUGUGGCACUCCAGAUGUUGUUGGAUUCAGUCUCCAGUUAGCCCAGCCAGCAUGUCCUAUUCUUGGGGAUGAUUGGGAGUUGUAGUCCAGCAAUAUCCCUCAUUUAAGAGCAGCGGUAGCAGGAAAGAAUUUCUGCAAACUGCCCCUUUAAAAAAAUAGAGCCCAAGGGCUCCUUGCCUGAAUUCUAGCAUGUCUGGUGAAUCACCUGCAAUGUGAUUACAUCUUUCUCCCCUCAAAAGGCCGCCAGUUCUCUUGCCACAGACACUUGCCUUCCGCCUGCUACGAUUAUUCUUCCAUCAGCGCUGAUUGCCAAGACAGCGUUUUGGCUGAGGCUCUGCCUGAUGGAGUCUGUUUCACUGCCCCCUACCUGUCACAUUCCCAUUGUCUGUGGCCCAGGCUCUGAUGUACGUUGCUCAGGCAGGACAGGGGGCUGACAGUUUAAUGACUAACAAUCUGCUGAAAAUGCACUGAAAGAGAGGAAUUUGCAAAUACAGAAGGCUAACUGACUUGCUCCCUGGAAAGGAGGAGAGGCUGUCAAGAUGAAUAAAAGAAAUGUUCCUGUUUCCUUCCAUCAAUGAGAAGAGGGCAGGUGGGAGGGUAGUGCAAUGCUAUAGCAAUACUGCUAUUUGCAGCUCUGUAUUUGCUAAGCUUUCCCCUGCACCUAAAGGAACAAGUGUCUGUCUGGGUCAGGGGUGGUGAACCUGUGGCCCUCCAAGUUGUGUUGGACAAAACGCCUAUUAAAACUCCCACCUAUUACCAGUACACAGUCAUCAGCCCCAGCUAAUGUGGCUGAGUUGAACAACAUCUGGAGGGCCACUUACUAUUCCUGAUAACUGGCUUCUGCCUUAGUCUCAGAUAGAUUUGACUCAAAGGCUUUUGCAAAGGCACUGUAUAUUUGAAUUUCCUAAAUAUGUGAGGAUUGAGCUUCUUUUUAUUAUUCUAAAAAGACUGUCGUAAAUCUGUGUCAGGGACCCUGUCAAAUGGUCUUCUGAUGUAUAGAGAUGUAUACACCCCUGUUAAAGCAGGUAUGGGGAACUUGUGGCCUUCCAGGUGGUGUUCAACUCAACCUCUUGCCACCCACAACAAGUAGCCAUAUGGUCUGGAGCUGAUAAAGAGUUUGGGGUCCGACCACACCUGGAGACUCACAGGUUAGCUGCUUCUAUGUUCCUCAUCUCCCCAACCUCGAAGCUGGUAUGUAGCUUCAGCCAAAGAAGUAGAAAACUGCUAACACUUGGGAGGUCAUAGGCAAGACUGAAAAGUGCCCAAAAAAAUGUCAGGGGAAGCAAUCAUAGUGGGCAAAACCUGUUUCGGUUACUCUAGAUCUUAAGCUUGGGUCAUUCAAAUCUUAGCGGUAUUGUAAGUGAAAGCAGGACUGCCCCCAUUGUUGUGUCAGUGUUGCUUGUGCAGGUUCUCUGACUGCCCCCAUUGUUUUUCAUGUUUUACUGUUCUCUUAACUUAUCCUUAUGUGGACAACCUUUACUUAUUUAUGCAAUGUAGUGAUGUAAGUAAAAUAAUAUGUUGUUUCUUGUGGUGUAUUGCCCUCUGUUAAUGUGAAAACCCUACAUUAAAUACUGGUGGUUAUUGGUGCCUUCUUAACAGA